AAAAAUUUUGACAGUAAAAUUGACGUUUUUUUUUGUAAAUUUCCGUGAAAAUGGCACAAUGUUUCGUCUCCACUUAUCGGAACCAUUACAGAUGGCCCGAGCCCCAAUUCACAAAAACUGCCCAUGAGCCCUACGACAAAUUCGUGCGUGUGAUUCCCCCCGAGGAGAUUUGGAUUGGGGCCGAUGCCGGCGAGGAUAAAUUGGAUGCUGCAGCAUUGGAAAAACGGCUGCGAAAAUGUUACCUCAAACGCUUAAUAACGACCUAUCAAUACUACUACUGCAAAGAUAUGGUGGCCAAAUUUGUCGGCGAACCUGCCAACAUCGAAGUCGAAAACCAACUUCUCCAAUCGGCGAAAAACCUCUACGAGCCCGAUUCCCGUCCGAAAAUCGCUCCUCCUUUAGCGGGAACGCGAAAAGUUUUUGGUUACAUUCGACCAACGAGAAACUACACCCCGUUGACGACUUAUCAGUUUUUCAUCGGGAAAACGGGUUAUGAAAUCCUGAAAGGCAUGCCACACCAGUAUGAGCCCCAAGAAGCAAAACUCGAAAAUUUGGAAAACGCACUGAAAAAACCCGAGAAAAUUGCCCCUAAAUGUGACUGUUUUUGUUGCUCCAAUGCCCAAAAACGUUCAAAAAAAUAAAUUCUCUGACUAGUUGUAAUUUAUU